AAACACAAAGUACUUUACAAAUAUUAUUUCAUUUUCCAAUCAGAUGUCAAUAUCUUUCAGUUCUAUCUCUUUAAUGUCUACUGAAUAAUAAACACACACACAUAAAAUAAACUACAAGUACACAGUGACCCUAAGAAGUAGGUAGUAAAAAGAUUGUCUCUCACUUUAUUAUUAUUUGACUCUUAGGUAAAAUUCAAAGAUAUUAAGCCUGCUCAACCAAACCCUUAAAAAUUUCAUACUCAGCCACUUUCCCAGUCUCAUCCUCUGCUGCUCCCUUAGAACUUAUUGAAGACAAUGAACUCUAAGAUCUUUGAACUGUUACACAUUGAGAAGAUAAACCCAUGGGUUUUUUCUCUUUCUACCUCCCUCUUGAUUCAAGCCUUCCCCUCUUCUUUGGCUGCCUCCAACUCCAAGUAUCUACCUGGAAAGUUUCAUCCACUCACAUGAAAGAUAUAGCAGACAUAGAUGGCUUUGGGGGUAGGAAGAAGUAGAUUCAAAUUCUUCCACUGAGACAUAUUAGCUAUGCUUCUGGGAAAAUCACUUAACCCAACUUGUGUUAAGUACUGGUGAGGGAUGGAUAGUGUUUGGAUAUAGAGAAAUGUAUGACAUAAUUCCUACCAUCAUGUUACUCUCAAUCUAGUUAGGGAGAUAGUAUACAUCUUUGUGAAACAGAACAAUUCAAGCCAGUACAUAAAGAAGCAAUACAUUUGAUAUAAUUAAACUUCAUGAAUGUGCAGGUAAGAGGUACUAUGCACAGUGAAGAAGGGGAGAGACCAGCCCAAAGUUAUUAGGGAAGGUUUCAUAGAGGAGUUAGGAAUGAAUUUUUCAUUAAAAUAUGAGAGAGCUUUGGAUAGGCAUUGAGGAGAGGAUAUGGAAUUCUAAAUAGGAUGUUGGUGGAAAGAAGAAGCAAAGAUUUAUAGGGGGAGAAUGAGUAUAAUGUGUGUGGGAAUAAAGGGUGUGGAGUGAGGAUGUGUAGGAAAUAAAGUUGGAUAGUUUGGGUGCAACCAAAUUUUAGAUGUCCUUGGAAGUCAGGCAGAUGAGUUUAAAAUUGAUGAGCUACUGUAUAUUCUUGAGCAUGGGACUGACAUAAGAAUAAUUAAUGGGAAAGAAAUCAGGAUUUUUUGGAGCAUUUCUCUAAUAAUGAGAAUUCUGUGGGAUCACACAUGUUUCUACUCUGAUUCCCCUUUGUCCCAAACAAGUGCCUUUGUUUCUCUCAUAUCUCACCUUGUAUUAUAAAUAUGUUGUAUGUCUAAGUGGCUAGUAAAUUUUAAUUUUAAAUUAUCACUUGAGAUAAAAGGACACUUGAGAAAUAGUAACCUAUCAAUUUCUUGCAUUCUGCUUUCCAUUAAUGCUUCAUGGAGGGCUUCUUCAUCAAGCUCGGACAGACUCACGCUCCUCAGCUUAGCCUAUAUUCUACUUUAGUGUUCACAGGGAGAACCCAAAUCCAACAUGAUGAACGCCAAUCACACUGUCUUCCAUCCUGCUGUGUUUAUCCUAAUUGGCAUCCCAGGCCUAGAGAAAUAUCACAUCUGGCUUUCCAUCCCCUUAUGCUUUAUAUAUGUAACUGCAGUAUUGGGGAACAGUGUCCUGAUUCUGGUCAUUGUCACUGAGCGCAGCCUCCAUGAGCCUAUGUACAUGUUUCUCUCCAUGCUGGCUAGUGCUGACAUCUUACUUUCCACUACUACUGCACCCAAAGCCUUGGCCAUUUUCUGGUUCCAUGCACGGGAGAUCACCUUUGAUUCAUGUAUGACCCAAGUCUUCUUUGUCCAUAUGAUGUUUGUGGGGGAAUCAGCCAUCUUGAUGGUCAUGGCAUUUGAUCGUUAUGUAGCUAUUUGCUACCCACUGAGAUAUUCAACAAUACUGACAACAUCUAUGGUGUGGAAGCUAGCCUUUGCUGUUUUCUUCCGGACCUUCUGCAUCAUCUUCCCUGUCAUUUUUCUGCUAAAGCUGUUACCCUUCUGUAGGACCAAUGUGAUUCCCCAUUCAUACUGUGAGCACAUUGGGAUUGCCCGACUGGCCUGUGCUGACAUCACUGUCAAUAUAUGGUAUGGUUUCUCCCUCCCUAUUUUAAUGGUGCUUACAGAUGUGGUGCUUAUUACAGUGUCCUAUACCUUGAUCCUCCGUGCCAUCUUUCGAAUGCCUUCUCAGGAGGCCAGACAUAAGGCAAUCAACACUUGUGGCUCUCAUUUUUGUGUAUUCCUCAUAUUUUAUUUCCCAUCUUUCUUCACUGUAUUGACUCACCGUUUUGGGCGCAACUUCCCACGCCAUGCACACAUCCUAUUGGCCAACCUCUAG